AAAAAAUACCCGCCAAAAAAAAAACUUGUUGCUAUGCCAUCAUAGAAACAAUCGAUUUCAAAAUUGAUCGACCGAUAGUUUUUUGUUUGUUACGUUGCGGUUUUUUGUGGAUUUUUUUAAGAUAAACCCUCGUACACAAUAAAACUGACACAAUAUUCAAAAACCGUUAGCCAUUCUUUUGGAUGGGAAUAAUGAGUUCCUCGGCAGACGAAUUCCAUAGCAGCGACCCGGAGGGCUACGACAUGGUAGAUUCCAUCGAGUUGAACGGCAAAAUCGGCGACGCCCUGGACGAAGACGAAGCUCUACUAUCGUCGGAUCCGGACGUUUGCGCCAUCUGCAGCGAAACACUGUGCAAACCGAGAAUGCUCUAUUGCUUGCACACGUUCUGUGAAAUGUGCCUCGACAAAAAGAUAAUCGGCGAAGGUGGAGACGCGGGCUACGCAGACAACCGUAUCAUUUGUCCUGUUUGCAACUUUGAAAGUAAAGUCGGCUCGAAAAAGACAAAUUGUUUGCCGUUGGACGUGACCAAAACCAACGUGUCCGAUGUUUCGCAUUCCACAAAUCCAACUUGCACCAGUUGCACAGCAAAAGAAGUUGCCAAGUCGCGUUGCAACACUUGCCACAAUCUAUUGUGCAACAAUUGCGAUACUGCGCAUCACUAUAUGAGAUGUUUCGAGUGGCACACAGUAGUUGCGUUGGAUGAGAUGCGCAAGGAGGGCAUCAAAAUCACUGUGCACAAGCCUUUAGAAUGCGAUUUGCAUGCCGGUGAAAACAUGAUUUUCAAUUGUCUGUGCAGUAACGUGCUUAUUUGUGCUGUGUGCGCUAAAACUGAACACAAGGGCCAUACUACUGAAGCUAUCGGAGACAGUGAAACUAGAGUGCGACAAGAAAUGGAAGCUUUAUUGGCUGAAAGUAGGGCGAUUGUGGAUAAUUUAAUGAAGUCUUCCACUAAUUUGCAUCAUAAUUUGGAAGAGCUCGCGCACCAAAGAAGCGCCGCAAAGGAUUUGAUUAUCGAGUCUCAUCAAAGCUUCAAGGCUUUUAUUGACGAGCACAAGGAGGAAUGCUUGAAACAACUCAACCAGCUCUACCACGAUCGUUUUUGCAAACUGAUGAAACACCAAGACGAUGUCAGCAAAACAAUCGACAAUUUCGAAGACGCCUGCAAGUACACCCAAAAGCUUUUAGAAAACGGCACUGUACAAGAAAUGAUGUAUCUAAAAAACAUCAUCACCAAACGCCUGGUGACGCUCAACCCAAACAAACCAAUAAGCACCGACAACGCUUACUGGCUGGAAUUCAAAAGCACCUUCGAUCAAUACCGCGACCAAAUCAAAGAACAAAUUUGCACCUUCAUCACUGAAGAAGACAAUCAGCGCUUGCAAACCAACGGAGCAACUUCCAGCGCCAGCUCCGUACAGUCCUUUGAAGGAAUCGAAGUCGACAAUAACAACGUUGCCACGUAUCGUGCCGCUUUGAGCUCGCCGUUGCCGCACGUCACGGCCACUCCGGCCUUGCAAGGGUUUUCGAGCAUUGCCGAAUUUAAUUUGGCCCAAUUGGCCACCUUGGCCGAAACUACUAACGGUGUUGCCACCGCGCAGUCGCCGCCUGCGUUUAAUUUGGCCGAUUUACUCAUCAACGAUACCGCUUAUAAGAAUUUAGCUUCUUUGGCCAAAUUGGGAUUGAACGAUUCUUUUUCAGUCGAUCCUGGAUCUGGAUCGACUAUGGCGGCCAAUGGUGGGAAUCUUCUUGUGCGCAGUACCUCGAAUGUUUCUUUGAAUUUGGGUAAUGGGAUGAUAAACGGGUUUGGGGGCGUUUCCACUUCGACAUCGCCGCUUUUGCACACUCCCGACGAUAUUAUAUCUAAUGAUGGUACGAUGGGUAGUGUUAUGACAACGGCGGCCGGUUCCACCCCGAAUCGCACCACCAAAGUGGCACCGAUGCAAAUCCGGUGCAAAUUCGGCCAAUUGGGCCCCAGCAAGUGCCAAUUCAACUCGCCGCACGGUUUCUGUUUGGGAGCCGAAGAAGAUAUAAUCGUUGCCGACACUAAUAAUCAUAGAAUUCAGAUCUUUGACAAAACUGGUUCGUUUAAGUUUCAAUUCGGUAUUCCGGGCAAGGAGGAGGGUCAGCUUUGGUACCCACGCAAGGUGGCGGUGAUGCGCAACACAGGCAAAUACGUUGUGUGCGACAGGGGCAACGAGCGUUCGCGCAUGCAAAUUUUCACCAAAAACGGGCAUUUUUUGAAGAAGAUUGCCAUCAGGUACAUUGACAUUGUGGCCGGGCUGGCCGUGACAGCUACGGGAGAGAUUGUGGCCGUUGACAGCGUCAGCCCCACUGUGUUUAUCAUUCACGAAAAUGGAGAGUUGUUGAGAUGGUUUGAUUGUAGCGAUUAUAUGCGGGAGCCGUCUGAUAUUGCUAUACAUGGUAAAGAAUUUUACGUUUGCGAUUUCAAAGGACACAACGUGGUGGUGUUCAACGAGGAGGGAAAAUUUUUGCGGCGCAUCGGCGCCGAAGACUUGACGAACUUUCCUAACGGCAUCGACAUUUCUGACGCUGGGGACGUUCUGAUCGGGGACUCGCACGGCAAUCGCUUCCACGUGGCCGUUUUUUCUAGAGACGGCUCGCUGGUUUCGGAAUUUGAGUGUCCUUAUGUCAAGGUUUCGCGUUGUUGCGGCUUGAAAAUAACCUCCGAAGGGUACGUGGUGACUCUGGCAAAGAAUAAUCAUCAUGUGUUGGUGUUGAACACCUUGUACAUUUUGCCUCCCACCUAAUAGGACAGGAUUUGGCGAGAAUCAGCAGCGACGUAAUGACUGAAUUUUCAAAUUGAGUAUUUUGAAGGUUUUUUUAUUGUAUUUGAGUGUUUUAAGAGUUUUUGAAGAGAUUGUCGCUGUCUGUUGUGUCUCCUUCCUUUUCCUGCUCUGUUUUUAUUCAACAUAAUAUUAUUAUAACGUUUAUCUGUUUUUUUUUUUUAAUUAAUUUGAUGCCUACUUUUAAUAUUUAUUGUAAUUUACGUAUUUAGUAGUGAGUUGUGUAGGAGCGUAGGCCCACUGUUUUGUCUCUCUGUCGUUCCUAUAUUGUUUAAUUUUAGCCUACCUAUAUUUACAUUUUCCUAUUAAUUAUUAUAAUUAUUGUUUGAAAUGGAAGCAGAGGGACAAGGGAGCGUUUGCGCACGCCCUCCCCCACCCCCUCCCGCACCAGUCUUAUUGUAUUCGAGGUUUUUGUUUCAUACCUUUUAUUUAUUAUAAUUAUUGGAAAAUUGA